CUCAUCACCCACUUGCUGCGGGCAGACUCCUCUAUUGUCAACCCCCCACAGUUCUCUCGCUUGUCACUCCGUUUGAUGGCUGGCGCUGCUUCAUCUCCUUUCAAGAAAAUCCAGAUUCAAAGGGACGACACUACAUUUGAUGCAUAUGUUGUUGGCAAAGAAGAUGCUCCUGGAAUUGUUGUGCUUCAGGAGUGGUGGGGUGUGGAUUUUGAAAUCAAGAAUCAUGCUGUGAAGAUUUCUCAACUUGGUUCUGGAUUUAAAGCUCUUAUCCCAGAUCUCUAUAGAGGAAAGGUUGGUCUUGAUGCAGCAGAAGCACAGCAUUUGAUGGAUGGUCUUGAUUGGCAAGGUGCUGUAAAGGAUAUCCGUGCUUCAGUUAACUGGCUUAAAGCACAUGGGUCAAAGAAGGCUGGCGUGACUGGAUUUUGCAUGGGGGGUGCACUCUCCAUUGCAAGUUCUGUAUUGACUCCAGAAGUUGACGCUGUUGUAGCUUUCUAUGGAGUUCCUUCUUCAGAGCUUGCAGACCCUAGUCAAGCCAAGGCUCCAGUUCAGGCCCACUUUGGAGAGCUAGAUAACAUAGUUGGCUUUUCAGAUGUUACGGCUGCGAAGACCUUGGAGGAGAAGCUGAAGGCAUCUGGAGUGCCUUAUGAGGUACACAUGUAUCCGGAAAAUGCACAUGCAUUCAUGAACAGGUCUCCUGAAGGAAUUAAGAGGAGGAAGAGCAUGGGAUUACCUGAUGAAGAUGAAGCUGCGGUCCAGCUGGCUUGGUCACGCUUCCAAUCCUGGAUGACCCGUUACUUGUCGGACUAAUUAAUUUUCUGGCUGGCUAAACGCUGACUCGUGAGCUGUGAGCAAGCUUGUUUGUACUCUUGGGUUGUUUCUUUAUGAUUGGAUGCAUUUUCAAGAAACUUAACUUGAUAAUAAUCUUAAAAUCUUGUGGUUUUCCUGUAAUUACGUAAAUAUGGUGUUUAGCUAGUGCCGAGUGGUAUACAAAAUUGAAGCUCGGACCUGUGAGCACUGUUGUUUUUUACGUUUGUUACUUUGAGAGCUUGAGAGUACAUCUUCGAGAAAUUUCACUCGAGAACAAUCUGAAAAGGUUAUGGUUUUCCUGUAAUUAAGUAGGUAUGGUGUUUUACUAGUGUUGCCAAUAUACUGUUCGCUGCUUUUCUACUUC